AUGCGAACGAUGAAGAUUUCCGACGUAAUAAGUCAUAGUACUAGAAAGAAGAUAAUAACAGAAGAGGAGGAGGAAGAAGAAGAAGAAGAAGAGACUGAAGAAGAAGAGACUGAAGAGCAUGUAAAUCUCAAAAAGACAAUGAUAUCAUUGUGUAUCAUUUGGGAUACCAAUAUGGUCAACCCAAAGAAACUAUCAAGAUUAGUGAUGAUCGAUAGAAUUACAAAGAGACAGAUUGAUAUUACAAACCAUAGAGAUAAAUUGGAGAAUGCACAACUUUUAAACUAUUCUCGAAUGGUUGGUACUCGACCACUAUCUGUAUUGUUGAUGACCAAGAUUAUUAGAUACGCAUGGGAGAUGGAUACAAUGACUGGUACUGGUUACAAGUAUAGAGUGUUCGAACCAUUUAAUGAAAAUGUACUUGUUGGUCGAUACAAAUGGGCAUUGUCACUUGGGUUGGUAUGCAAACAAUUCUUUAAUCUCGUCAAAUCAUCAUUGUUUAAACGUCUCUGCAUUUAUAAUAGUUCACUCACUAAGCAAUGGAGUCGUUAUGAAGACAACAAAGUUCGAGCACUUGCAAACGACGUAUCACAACACAUAGACAAUAUUGCUUGUGUCAUUAAACAACCUACCAACCUUACAAUACAGUGUAAAAUGUUGAUUGGUAUUGCAUUGAAGCCAUCGAUAGGUGCAGUCAUUCUUCUUCAAGGUAUUACAAAGUUACGAUUGGUCGAUACGACAUCAAAUUUCUAUAAUCUUUUUGAUAGUGUUCUUCAGGUGAUGGUCAACCUCGAGUCACUAACACUUGAUAAUACCGGUGAUCUUUCAGAAAUAUAUCGACCAUCACUCAAACACUUAUCAAUUAAGGGUUGCCAUCCACUAUUCACUCAAAAGUACACCAAAUUUGAACAACAUGACCUCACUCUAGCAGGUCUGUCAAACUACAAAGCUACUGGUCAACGAUUCAAAACAAAUUAUUCCUAUCGUGGUCCCGAGUUAUAUGUCAAAACUCUCUAUUCUUACAUUGCACACCUGACCACCAACGAAUAA